UGUUGUGCGGUUCGGAUCCACCUGAUGACAGAGUCCCAGCUCUGAAAGCUCACCUGUGGCCGGACGGUGCAGAGGAAACCUCAGGGAUGGAGAGGCUGCUGAAGAAGUGUCAGAUCAGAAACCAGCUGAUCAGGGAGUGCAUGGCUGAAUGCCUUGGAGUCUACAUCCUGAUUCUGUUUGGAUGUGGCUCCGUUGCCCAGGUGACCACAACUCGGGAUAAGAAGGGACAGUACCUGUCAAUCAAUCUGGGUUUUGCUCUGGGAGUAACAUUUGGGGUCUUUGUGUCUCGUGGAGUCUCAGGUGCCCAUCUGAACCCUGCUGUUUCUCUGAGCUUGUGUGUUUUGGGCAGACAUCCAUGGCUGAAGCUGCCUUUCUACAUCUUCUUCCAAGUGCUUGGAGCCUUUUUGGCUGCAGCAACUGUUGGUCUGCAGUACUACGAUGCCAUCCACGCAUACAGUGGAGGUGAGCUGACGGUGUCGGGUCCCACCGCUACAGCAGGCAUAUUCUCCACCUACCCAGCCGACUACCUCAGUGUGUGGGGCGGUGUCGUAGACCAGGUGAUAGGAACAGCCGCAUUGCUGCUGUGUGUCCUGGCUCUCGGGGACCAGAGGAACAGCUCCCUCCCUGAUGGUCUUCAGCCUGUCCUGGUGGGAGCAGUUGUGCUGGUUAUUGGCAUCUCGAUGGGCUCAAACAGUGGCUACGCCCUCAACCCAGCCAGGGAUUUUGGGCCUCGCUUGUUUACGUACAUCGCCGGCUGGGGAGCGGAUGUUUUCAAGGCUGGAGGAGGCUGGUGGUGGGUUCCUAUAGUGGCUCCCUGUGUCGGAGCGCUGCUGGGAACACUGAUCUACGAGCUGAUGAUUGAAGUCCACCAUCCUCCCACUCCGUCUGAGCUCCAGAUCUCAUGUCAGGAGGCCACUGAGGGCAAGACUGGGCUGGAGCUGUGAAAAACCCACUUAGUGGUAAAAUGAAUCCAUGUUAAAGAGGAAAGAACUGUCAUACAGAGUAAACUGUGUAAACGGAUGUGACUCAUGUUUUUGGAGCAUGUAGAUUUAUUCUGCAGAAAAAUCCACUACAUUGGUCAACAACCCUUGGAUGGACUGCUAUGAAAGUUAGUACAGACAUUAAUGGUCCCCAGAGGAUGAAUGCUUUUCCUCCAGCGCCACCAGCAGGUCAAAGUUUAUAUCUUACCCAGAAAAACAAAUAUCUCAACAGCUACAACCUGGAUUGGCACCAGAUAUGAAUCAUCAUAACUUUGGUGGUCCAUUAACUUUUCCUCUAGCCCCACCAUCAGGUCAAACUUUUAAUUGUCCAAUACGGUUUAUGACCUGCAAAAAAAAAAAAUCAGCCUCAGCUGUACUUUGUGGCUUAGUCUUGUCAAUAAUAUGAAUUACAAGUGAAUGUCAUAUGAACAGACCUGAAAACUGUCCUAUUUGUUAACAGAAAGAAGCUGCAGACAUCGCUCUGAAUGUGACCCUCAGCUCUGCAGAGAAACCGAGUCAAUCCUCUCUUUUACACAUUUAUUUCGAAACAGCACAAAAGUGUAUGGCAUUUCAGCAAGCAGACCACAACCAUGGAAAAAGAAAAUGACAUGAAAUUUCCACUAUUGAGCUAUAUAAAUAUGAUAGCAUGACAUAUAAAAGAUACAAACAAAAAAAAUCCACUCGUAGGCCUCCAUCACGUGACCAUGAAGGCGGUUUUUGAAACAUACAAAAGAAAUGUGAGUACAGCAAGCACUGAUUCUGUAGAUAAAAAAGAACCAUCUCAAAGAGAUAAACAUUUGUAUUCAUACACAUUAAGACAACACGACCCCCACACUCUCCCUCUGCUUUGUAAUUACAAUGUAUAGCUACCUCUGGGGGUGGGGGGGAUUCUUUUUUUUUCUUUUAAACUUCAAAUUGUUUUGGAAAAAAAAGGGAACAGUACAAGUACAAAUACUAUACGUAUUCACAUUAUCAUAACAAGUUACUAAAACCAGAACGCUUUCUUUUAGUGUAAUUAUAUGUAUUUACAUGGCAAAACUCGUACACAUAUACUACUGGCAGGAAGCCUGACCUCUCUUCUUCUAGCAUUACAAUUAACAUCACACAUUAUUCACACUACACAGGUUACAGACCUCUGGUAACCUCGUCUCCUAAUGAGAUGCUUUCCAAGAUUUGCAUCUCAUGUUUCUGUUGCACGUAAAUCGCACUAUGUCUAGCAAGAUUUGACGCGACCGACUCACACAAAUACCAAGAGUCAUAAUGUGUUUCAUAUAAAUAAAUAUUAUAGCAACAUAAAAAUCAGUGUCAAAUUCUCCAAACGCUCCUGUCAUGUUUCAGAUGUCGUCAGAUCUUUGCUUCAGAUCGGUUGUGCACCAGCCUCUGGAGCUGUUGAAAGUGGCCUAAUGCCAGAAAAACGGGUGUGGACUUGAAGCAAACAAAAAUGAAUAUCAUGAACAAUAUGAAGUACAAAAAUAUGGGCACUACAGCUAUCAGGAGUACAGUGGGAGGUGUAUGUACUAAAGUAUGUGUUACAUGAGGAAACAGGCAGGUGGCUACACUCAGAGUGAGAGUGAUGGAAAUGGAAGGACAAGACGUAAUUAGA